UGCGGGGCCAGCCCCGGCCCGGCACAGCCCGGCCCCGCACGGCACAGCCCGGCACAGCCCAGCCCGGCCCGGCACAGCCUGCUUCGGCUCGGCCAUGCCGCGGUUCAGCGUGGCGGAGGCCAGGCGGUGGGGGGAUCAGUUCGUGCAGUUCCUGCGGGACACGGGCCGGGAGCAGGAGAGCCGGCGGGACACGCUGCGCAGCGUCUACACCCAGGAGUUUCGGGGCAGGACUGAUACAAGGAUUCCCAGCUUCUCCUGCAUCUUGUACGCGCUGAAGGUGACCCAGCGGGCCCACGUGCACGGGGAGUCUGUGCACUUCAAGAAGGAGAAGAGGCGUGUGGUAGUGGCAGACCAGUACCGGAGACCCAGAACAAAUGCACAGACGACAGCGUCCGCAUCUGCCUCAGGCCAGCAGCCUGGCUCCGCUCCGCGAGUGCCCCAGAGCCGUGACAAGAAGCGGGCUGAGCUCAAGCAUGGGGUGGAGAUCGUCUCGGAGCACGACCAGGGCAAUGGGAAAAUCCGCUUCCCGGUGGUGCCUGGCGAGCCCCAGACGGUCACCCUCCUGGUGCAGAACCACGGGGCGGAGGCCGUGACGCUGCGCCGGUGCCAGCCACGCCAGCAGCGCCGGGAGUUCUCCUUUGCGGACGAGCAAGGGGUGACGCAGGGCCAGUCCCUGCUGUUGCAUCCAGGCGGCACGUACCCCAUCCAGGUGCGGUGCCUGGCCACCUGCAACGGGUACUUCCACACUGUGCUGCUCUUCGAGUUCACCAAGGAGCCGGACAAGCCCUUCAGCAUCAGGCGCCACAUCGCUGCCGUCGCCGAGAGCCAGCUGGCCAAGGACCUGGGGCCCUCAGCGCCCUUCCAGCCAUACCAGGCCAGCCUCCGGCACCCUGUCACCGUCAUCACCGAGGACGGCAUUCCCCCUGACAGGUCCCUGAAAAAUGACCUGGAGAGGGAAAUCCCUCUGGGCAUCUACCAGUACCCGAAGAGCCUCAAGGACAUGAUCCUGUUCGGACCCAACGCUAACACCGGCUCCCGCUGGGCUGCCAUGCAGUUGCUGCUGAAGGCCCCCCUUCAGGCUGGGAACUACCAGCAGAAGUUCCAGCUGCUGCUGCACCUGGAGGAGAUCCAGAUGGAGGUGGCCAUCCGGCGCUACGACAUGCAGGACGUGCCCAUGGUGCAGGACAGGGGGCUGCUGGUCCUCGACGUGCCCGGCGUGGCCGAGAACCGCCCGUCUGUGCUGAAGGGGGACCACCUCUUCGCCCACCUGAGCAGCGAGCGGGACCACUCCCCGCUCGUGCAGUACAAGGGCUACGUGCACAGUGUGGAGCUGGAGAAGGUCAAGCUGGGCUUCUCCUCCAAGCUGCAGAAGAAGUUUGUCAACAACCUGAAGUUCGACGUGACCUUCACCUUCAGACGGCUGCCGCUGCAGGUCCAGCACCGGGCCGCAGCCCUGGCCAUGCAGCGCGGCUUGUCCAGCCUCCUCUUCCCCACCGCCUCCUGCCACAAGUCCCUCUUCCCAGGCACCUUCCAGCCCCGGUGGUUCGACCGCAAGCUGCAGGCGAACGAAGAGCAGUGCAGAGCCGUGACGAACAUCGUGACGGGGAUGUCCAGGCCAGCCCCGUACCUCAUCUUCGGCCCCCCCGGGACUGGCAAGACAGUCACCAUCGUGGAAGCCAUCAAGCAGGUAUGGACAUGCUUCGAGAAUGCCCGGAUCUUGGCUUGCGCCCCUUCCGGCAGCGCCUCAGACCUGCUGUGCCAGCGCCUCAUCAAGGACAUCGCUCCCCGGUACAUCUACAGGCUCAUCGGCAGCUCCAGGAACUACCAGGAGGUGCCUCCUGAUAUCAGGCCCUGCUGUAACUGGGACGAUGGGCAGAGCUGCUACGUGUACCCGAGCAAGGAUCACCUGCGGCGCUACCGGAUCCUCAUCACCACGCUGGUGACCGCGGGAAGGCUGGUGUCGGCCAACUUCCCUCCAGGGUUUUUCUCACACGUCUUCAUCGACGAGUGCGGUCACGCGAUAGAGCCGGAGAGCGUGGUCGCCAUCGCAGGGCUCCUGACCGUCAUGGACCCGGAGACCAACCCCAACGGGGGGCAGCUGGUGCUGGCAGGAGACCCCCAGCAGCUGGGCCCUAUCCUGAGGUCACCGCUGGCCAUCAAGCACGGCUUGGGCACCUCGCUGCUGGAGAGGCUGAUGCUGCACAACCCCCUGUACAAGAAGUCGAGCGCAGGAUACGACCCGCAGUUCGUCACCAAACUGCUCUGGAACUACAGGUCCCACGAGGCCAUCCUCAGGAUCCCCAACGAGCUCUUCUACGACAGCGAGCUGAAGGCCUGUGAGAGAAUCGAGCCCGAUGUCCGGAGUCUGUAUUGCGCCUGGGAUGAGCUUCCCAAAAAAGGCUUCCCCAUCAUCUUCCACGGGGUUUGCGGGGAAGAUUGUCGAGAGGGCACGAGCCCUUCAUUCUUCAACACGGCUGAGAUCGAGGUGCUCGUCCACUACCUCAAGAAGCUGCUGCAGAGCCGGGGCAAGGGGGGCUGCCCCAGCGUCUCGCCCAAGGAGGUCGGCAUCAUUUCUCCUUACAGGAAGCAGGUGGAGAAGAUCCGGAAAGCCAUCACCUCCCUGGACCCUGUCCUGCGGACACUGCAGGACAUCAAGCUGCUGAAGGUGGGCUCCGUGGAGGAGUUCCAGGGCCAGGAGCGGCGCGUCAUCCUCAUCUCCACCGUGCGCAGCUGCAGUGAGUACUUCCAGCUCGACCAGACCUUCAAGCUGGGCUUCCUCAAGAACCCCAAGAGGCUGAACGUGGCCAUCACGAGGGCCAAGGCGCUGCUGAUCGUGGUGGGAAACCCGGCCGUGCUCAGCAAGGACCCGCACUGGCAGAGGUUCCUCAGGUACUGCAAGGAGGAGGGCGGCUACAAAGGCUACCCCUACGAGGACGAAAGCGCGGCAGAGGAUGGCCUCGCCACCGACCUCCACACGCUGCGCCUCAGCGAUUAGCAGCCAGACAGGGGCCAGCUCUGCCACGGGGUUUCUCUGCAGGAAACCCGCCUGGGAAAGGAGGAGAAGCCCCGUGGAGUCCCAGCACCCCUUACCCUGCCCCUGGCCCGCAGCAGCCGCCUGCUCUCCCCCUCCUUGGUCCCGGGGUGCUCCGUGCAUCCCUGCGGGGAUGGGGUUGAGCCCAUGGGGCAAGGGGGUCCUGCCCAGGGCACGCACCUCCCCUUGCAGAGCGGGGCUGUGCCGGCGCUGCACUGGAACCACUCCCCAUUUUAAACAGUUUUUGAUACGGCCGUGGAAAGCUGAUCGCCUGUGACUGGUCUCACCGUUCAGUGAAUGGCUUAAGCGAGAGUCCGGCCUCGGAAGUGCAUCACUGGGUGCGUGGAGGAGCUCAGAGCCGCUGCGGUGGGUGACCGGGGUGCAGGCAGGGACCCGGCCAGGCGCUGGGUCUCCCCACCAGGCAGCUGCCUGGCCCGAGAGCUGGCACGGCCACGCAGGCACACUUCACUCUGUUUCCCUGGAAUAAAUGUUUAGAUAAAAACGGUGUAUUGAUGUUGUCCUGGGCCCUGCCCCGACCUGCUCCGGGCUGGUCACAGAGGAGGGAUGGCUCCAGCAGUGACGGUAGCAUCUGUCACACCAGGGACUGGGUACGGCUGGGAAACGCCCACCCGGCCCUUCCCACGUACGCUGCGCCCUGAGUCUUACCCAAGCACACGGUGACGAGCCCUGAUCCUGCUCCGAGCCCUGAUCCUGCUCCAGCAG